AUGUCUAAAAUACCAAGCCAGCAGGUGGUCAUUGUCGGAAUCGACGCAAAUGCGAAGAUGGGACUCGAACAGCAAUCCGAUGUGCUAGGAAAAUGGUACUAUGCAGCGGAGCGCACGUCGGACAACGGUGACCGUCUGGUCGACUUGUGCGAACAGACGGGCCUCAUCAUCGCUUCCACGUUUAAGAGGAAUCAUCGACGCCAUCAGCUCACGUGGCAGGGGUCAACCCUUUUAACGCCUGAAGAGCAGCGCAAGCGGAAGAUGAGGACUCUUAAACUUCAGCUCGACUACGUUCUGGCGAGGAGCAUUCCUCAGUCAGAUAUCCGAAAAUCUAGAGCUGUUUGGGACGUUGCGUUCGACUCUGACCACCGUCCAGUUCUUCUCAGCUUCAAGAUACGGUUCCACAAGAGAAACCGAGGAGUUCCUCUUCAACCGAAAAUCCACAUGGCAGGUCUGAAAGACGAUGAAUGCAGAAGAAAAUUCCGCCAACGUGUGUCUAUUCAUGUUGGAGUACGGACCAGGAAGAAGCUAAGCGAUGCGGAUUCCUUCACAAAGUGCAUCCAGGACGCUGCAAGGGAAACGCUCCCGGUUCUUGCCGCAGAAGAAAUUUGCCUUUGCAUCUGCGGAAACAAAAUCCACAUACAAUUCUGUAUGUGUCGCGUGCAGCGCUGGUGA